CAUUUGACGAAGAUUGCCUGUCCAGUCGGCAAAUCGUUUCUUUUACCUUGUCAGUUGUAAAUGUACACGUUACAACAUUUUACUCUGGCUUUUUACUUUCUCUAGCAAUUCGUGUUAUUAUUAGGUAAAGCAUAACUCAAAGCCAGUUCUAAAAAUGUCAGGAAAGGCAAACAAAGCUUUUACGAAGGAGGAAGAGUUGCUGCUACAGGAUUUUAGUAGAAAUGUAUCUACGAAAUCUUCUGCCUUAUUUUAUGGAAAUGCAUUCAUCGUUUCUGCUAUACCUAUAUGGCUGUUCUGGAGAGUUCACGCUUUAGAAGUAAGCUCAUCAUUGGCUUGGUUUGCUAUAGUUACCGUGGCCAGCACUUGGUUGCUUGCUUUAGCUUACCGUAAUACCAAGUUCCAAUUGAAACACCGUGUCGCUGUACGUCGUGAAGAUGCCGUCGCUCGUGAGAUGGCUAGAAAGUUGGCUGAUGAAAAGAAAAUGAGCAGGAAGGAGAAGGACGAAAGAAUUUUAUGGAAAAAGAAUGAAGUUGCUGACUAUGAAGCAACAACUUUCUCAAUAUUUUACAACAAUGCUCUAUUCUUGACUAUUGUUAUCCUCGCCAGCUUCUAUCUCCUGCGUUCAUUCACACCCACCGUCAACUACAUUGUAUCCCUCACAGUUGCCUCAGGACUUCUGGCUCUUCUGUCUACCGGCUCUAAGUGAUAGUUGUGUGUUUGUGUGUGUGUGUGCCUGUUUGUGUGAGUGUACUGUAUGAACUCAAUAAUUAUACAAUAGUGCGUCAUAACUCAAUAUUAAAUUAUUUUCAAUGCGCUCAUGUUGGUUCAUUUUUAGAAAGGAUUUAUACUUUAAUAUUAAGUAAUAAAAACAAAUGUUAACA